AUGUCGACAGAGAGACUUUUGCCUCCAGACGUCCUCAAACAUGUCGUCGACGUACACUGCCAUCCGACCGAUGCGCCCGAAAUACCACCGGAAGCCAUGGACGAGCUUGAAAUCACGAUCUGUGCAAUGUCCUCGAUGAAAUCUGAUCAAAAGAAAGUGGCUGAGCUUGCACGGUCUUAUCCCAGCAAGGUCGUACCAUGCUUCGGGUACCAUCCAUGGUUCUCGUACCAAAUAGCGGUGGACCCUGCCCUGUCGAAGGAAGACCACUAUCGACGCCUCUUCCUUGGGCAAGUGAAAGAAGCGACAGAGGAGCACACCCAGGCUUUCGAGAGGCUCGUGAACUUACUUCCGGAGCCUACUCCCCUUUCUUCAAUACUGGAUGAAGUCCGGGCACAUUUAAUCGAAUUUCCCGACGCCAUGGUUGGCGAAGUGGGGCUCGACAGAGUAUUCCGCGUCCCGUACGAUUAUUUCGCGGAGAAACGCGAGUUGACUCCAUUCAUCGUCCCACUCGAACAUCAACUGACAAUUCUAGAGGCUCAGCUUGAGCUGGCAGUAGAGCUUGGGAGGAACGUCAGCAUCCAUAGCGUCAAAUCCCAACUGGCAACACUCGAGUUACUAUCCAAGCUAGCUACAAAACACGGGAAUCGUUGGUAUCGUAUCAGUAUUGAUAUGCAUAGCUGCGGGCUAAGCCCACAGAUGUGGCGUGACACCGAGAAGAAAUUCACCAAUAUUUUCCUCUCCCUUUCCACAGUAAUCAACGGUCGCCACUCUAACUGCAGAAAGCUUCUCCAAGUCUGCUCCGACGAUAGAAUCCUAUCUGAAUCCGACUUCAACGACGUCCGCCAUGUCACAGACCAGACAGUUGAAAUCAUCCAGUUGAUUGCCGAAGUAAAGGGAUGGUCCAUCGAGCAGGAAUGGGACGAGAAUGUGCCUUGGGAAGAGAGGGGGGUUGUCCGCCGCUUGAAGGACAAUUGGGAGCGGUUCAAGAAGGGAGGACACCGAGUGCCAGAAAGUAAAAGGCGUCGCGCGAAGAAGUUGUUGGAUAGUGGAUCUGAGGGCGAAGAGUAG